AUGAGUGGCUCAAAAAGAACAGAAAAUAUUCUUAAAGAAUUAGUUGAGAGUGAGGCAAGGUAUAUUUCUCAAAUGGAAUUAGGAUUAUUUAAAUAUAAAGAGCCAAUAGAAAAAGAUGACAAACACAUAAUUGGCAGUGAAGAUCUAAGAAAAAUGUUUAUGUAUUAUCAAGACAUAAUUGAAUUUAAUAAACAACUAUUAAGAGAAUUCAAAGAUUAUUUAGAAAAAGGAGAGUUAAUAAAAUAUGUUGGGACUGUUUUUAUUGCUAAUGAAAAUCAUUUCAAUGUAUAUAUAAAGUAUUUUAAAGCAUCAACUAAAAGACAAGAGGUAUAUGGUAGAAUUGUUAAUAACUUACAACAAAAUUUUUAUCUUCGUUCUAUUCAAGAAACCGAAUACAAGAAAGGUAUUCAGUUACAAAGUCUUGAUUCGUAUUUAAUUCUCCCUGUUCAAAGACUCCCAAGAUACCAAAUGCUUUUAAUUCAGUUAAUUCAAUCAAUUCAAAUGAAUUCUUCACCAUUACAAUUAAUAACAUUAAUUAAUCAUCAAGUAAGAGAAAAUGAUAAUACAGAACAAUUAACAGAAAGUUCAAAAAGAAAAACAUCAAAACUCUUUAAUAAAAGAAGAGUAUCAAUUUGUGUUGCACCAAAAUUCUCUAUUCCAUCAAGGGCAUCUCCUGCAUCUUUGUCAUGUCAAAAGUUAUCAAGAAAUAUUUCAAGUCAACAACUUUCAUCCUUUUCAAUCAUUCAACCAAACCAAAAAGAAGACAACUCUUCAAUUAACCAAAAAGAAGAAAGUUUAAUUGAAGAAUUAACACCAAUAAAAGUGAAUAAUAUUAAAAUGGAUCAGUCAUGUCAAGUUGGUUUAUUUCCUCAAAUUGAAAAACCGUUGUUGGGUAGAGAGUCUUCAGCACCAAGUUUAAUUAAUAGAACAAGAAGCAAUGUUUGUGUAGAAUUGUUGCAAAAUGAAAGAGAAAUAAUACUCCAAGAAUGUCAUGAAGCGAUUCAAAUAAUAACAACAAAAACAAAUGAAUGUAAUAGAGCUGUAGUUGAUGAGGAACAAAAAAUUCAUGAUAAAAAUUAUCGUAAUGAAAUGACCCUCAAAUACCAAACUGAAUUUAAUUUACCUGAAAAACAGUUUGUAGCUUUUGAAAAGGUAAAAUGGUGGUUGGAUGAUAAAGCAUUAGAUGGAAAUUUUGUAUUAUUAACAGAUUCUUGUUUUAUUGAAAGUGUUACUCAAACUAGAAUUAUAUUAUACUUAGAAGAACUUCAAAUUAAUGUGAUUAAAGGAGGAGGUCAAUUAGAAUUACUUUACAAUGACAUUGAUGUUAUCAUUGGAUUUACUGAUGAGACAAAAUGGAAGAAGUUAAUUCUUGAUCAAAAAAUAAAACACUUAGAACAUAAGGAAGAGAGAGUUGGGUUUUUUGGCACAGUAAUGAAACUUACUGGGUUGUUGUUUGAAUAA